UUAAUAAUGGAAACGCAAUGAUGUUCAUGUAGAUACAAUUAUCAACAUCUACUACUACUCGUAAAUUUCUCAGAAAAAGUCAUAUAAACUAUAUUAAUUUUUUUUUUUUGUAAUGGUUCGAGAAGAAUAAAAAGGGGCACGUGCUCAGUAGAGUCUGUAUAUAGAUCUUUCGCUCGCUUCCGAUUUUCUCUCAAUACAAAUCUCGAGGAGGAGGCGCCAAAAGAUAAACUGCAUCACCGGCGAAGAUCCGUCUCUGUAACGAUUAACGACGACAAAAUGCUAAUGAAAACGCAAAGACUUACUAUCUCUCCUUUCCUUCCGACUAAAUCUCACCAACCACUUAUCCGUUGUCUCGGUGGAGGCUCGGUGCUGACCCGGAGAAAACUCGGUGGGAUCACCACAGCAGCUGCUCCGAUUUUCCAGGGAAAGCCGGUGGUGACUCGUCGGGAAAUAAAAACAGGGCGAAUUACGAGGAACUGCGUCGAAAAUGAUGGCGGAACUGAAGAAGAAGAAGAGAAGAAGAGCAGGGGUCUGGUGAAGGAGAGCGUAUGGGAACAGAUGAAAGAGAUCGUCAAGUUCACAGGUCCGGCGAUGGGGAUGUGGGUUUGUGGUCCGUUGAUGAGUCUCAUCGACACGGUGGUCAUCGGCCAAGGUAGCUCCGUCGAACUCGCCGCACUUGGACCGGGGACAGUACUAUGUGAUCACAUGAGUUACGUCUUCAUGUUCCUCUCCGUGGCGACAUCCAAUAUGGUCGCUACUUCUCUUGCCAAACAGGACAAGAAAGAAGCACAACAUCAAAUCUCUGUCUUGCUCUUCAUUGGAUUGGUUUGUGGACUUAUGAUGCUUUUGUUGACUAGAUUAUUCGGACCUUGGGCUGUUACUGCAUUUACUAGAGGGAAAAACAUUGAGAUUGUUCCUGCAGCCAAUACAUACGUUCAGAUUCGAGGCUUAGCGUGGCCUUUUGUUCUUGUUGGAUUGGUUGCUCAAAGCGCAAGUCUUGGAAUGAAGAACUCAUGGGGACCUCUUAAGGCAUUAGCAGCAGCAACGGUCAUUAACGGUCUUGGAGAUACGAUCCUAUGCUUGUUUCUUGGACAAGGUAUCGCCGGAGCUGCUUGGGCAACAACCAUCUCUCAGAUUGUUUCGGCUUAUAUGAUGAUGGAUUCUCUGAACAAAGAAGGCUACAAUGCUUACUCCUUUGCGGUGCCUACACCUCAAGAACUAUGGAAGAUAUCUGCACUCGCCGCACCUGUCUUUAUCUCAAUUUUCUCCAAGAUUGCUUUCUAUUCUUUCAUCAUCUACUGUGCUACCUCCAUGGGAACUCACGUUUUAGCUGCUCAUCAAGUGAUGGCUCAGACGUACAGGAUGUGCAAUGUAUGGGGUGAGCCACUGUCUCAAACGGCUCAGUCAUUUAUGCCCGAGAUGUUAUAUGGUGCGAACCGUAACCUUCCCAAGGCGAGAACGUUGCUCAAGUCCCUGAUGAUUAUUGGAGCCACGCUUGGAUUAGUCUUGGGAAUUAUUGGGACAUCGGUUCCAGGCCUGUUUCCUGGUGUCUACACACAUGAUAAAGUCAUCAUAACCGAGAUGCAUAGACUGCUUCUACCAUUCUUCAUGGCGCUGUCUGCAUUGCCAAUGACAGUAUCCCUGGAGGGUACAUUGCUGGCGGGACGUGAUCUGAAAUUCGUCAGCUCUGUGAUGAGUUCAAGCUUCGUUCUUGGUUGUCUUACACUAAUGUUUGUGACACGAAGCGGAUAUGGUUUAGUCGGCUGUUGGAUGGUUCUCGUCGGAUUUCAAUGGGGUCGGUUUGGACUGUAUCUACGGAGGCUGCUUUCACCUGGAGGCAUACUUAACACGGAUGUGCUGACGACUAAGAAGAUCAAAUCAGUUUAAAGUCUCUCUCUCUCAAUAAUGAAUUUUUGUUUCCUAAUUGUUGCCGAAAGCCCAUCUCUAUGGGGUUUUUUGCCAAUAAAAAGUGGCUAUUUCAUUUACAUAUAUCUCAAGUGCCAAAGAAGAAAGUAGAAUUGAGCUCUGAAGCUAUGUAAAUUUCAGUUGUUAAUGUAAACGAGUUUUGAAAAAUA